AUGUGCUUAUUCUUUUUCCCAACUAGAGGAAUUGAUAUAUGGGCAAUUGGAUGUAUUUUUGCUGAAUUAUUAACGUCUGAACCUAUUUUUGUUUGUCCUGAGGAAGAUAUAAAAUCUCAAACUCCUUACCACCCUGCACAAUUAGACAAAAUAUUUUCUGUGAUGGGAUAUCCACAUCUUGAUGAAUGGCCUGAUAUAAAGAAAAUGCCAGGAUAUUCCAAACUUUAUGACGAUUUUGAAAAACCACGAAGAGAAGGAAAAUAUAAAGGUUCAUCAUUAAAAAAACAUAUGGAAAAAUAUAGAAAUACAAGUGGAUUAACUGAAACACCAAUUUGGGAACAAGCAUUUUCUCUUUUGGAUAGAAUGUUAACUAUGGAUCCACAAAAGAGAAUAACUGCAGCUGAGGCUAAGGAACAUAGAUAUUUUAAGCUUGAACCAACACCUGCAAGUGAUGUUUUUGCUGGAUGUCUUAUACCCUAUCCAAGAAGGGAAUUUCUUAAAGACGAGCCAGAAGAUAGAAAUAGUGGUUCUAAACAACAGGCUCCAACUUUACCUGUAGUAGCUGUGCCUCCAACAGUUCCAGCACAUACACAUAAUCCUCCAACAAUGGAACCACCUGCUGCAAAGAAACUUAGACAACAACAACACCAAGUUAUUCAUUCUGGGGGAACGAAUACUUCAAGUUUAACACAACAACAGCAACAAAUAAAGCAACAAAACCAACAACAACAACCUAUAAUGACAGGAAAUGGAAUGGUAAUAUUGGGUGGUGGAGGAACUAGUGGGGGAGGAGUUAUUCCUCAGCAACCUCAACAACAACAAAUGGUUGUUGAACAAAUAAAUAUGGCGCACGGAAUGCAAAUGAAAACUGAAUUUGGGACAAAUAUGGGAACUAUGGAUGGAGGAGGAGGAAAUAUUGUACAACAACAAGUUGGAGGUGUACAACAAGGUGGGGGAGUACAGCAACAAAAUAUCAGUGGUGGACAUUUUGAUGGUUCUCAUAAUAUAAUGACUGGAGGGGGUGGUGCUCCACAACAAGGACAACAACAAAUGGUUAGUGGAGGUUAUUCAAUGCAACAACCACAAAUGUUUCAUUCCAAUGUUCCUCAACAACCAACACAGCAGCAACAAGCUCAUGUAUGCACAUUAUUAGCCAUAACUUUUUUGAACUUUAAUCUUUUCUUAUGA